UGGUUCCCAGAUUGGAUGUCUGAGCUUGAUCUUCCCUUCCAUGAAUGUGAAGUUCUACAAUUCUGUUUUGUUUGCCACUAUAAAGAAACCCCGCAGCAGUACUUUGUAGCUAAACUUUCUGCAUUCCUAUUUAGUGAUGGAACUGAUGGCUGGGAGAAAGGUAUUCGCUAUGCAGAAGGCCAGAACUUGGCCAGAUACCUGAUGGAAGGACCAGCAAGUCACAUCACACCAACCAAAUUUGCUACCAUCAUUGAGGACAAAUUGAAAAGCUUCAGCAAUGUGACUGUUCAUAAAAGGGAUAAAUCUUGGAUACAGGCGCAAGGAAUGGGAUCGUUUUGGAGUGUUGCAAAAGGCUCUGAUGAACCCCCGGUCUUUUUGGAAGUCCACUACCAAGGCAGCAGCAACCCCAAAGAAGCUCCAUUGGUAUUUGUUGGAAAGGGGAUCACUUUUGAUAGGUGAGCAUCUUCUUAGGGGCAUUUUUGGAGCAGAUU